ACCUCGAGAUAGAGAUACUCACUCCAGGUGAUACUUCAUAGUUUAUUAUUCACUCAUUAACUAUGUCCCAGAUUUAAUUAAUGACCAAAUGGCUAAAGGAGACCAUUCGUAUUUGCUAAUGAAGGAGGAGACAGAGGUGUCUAUGGCGCAAUCGAAACAAGUUCGUCUGCCGAUAGCGUUAACGGAACGAACAAGAAAACUUUUGGUUGCAUUCGUUAUUGUCAUGGGAAUUUUCAUUAUCUUUCUUGUGGUUGGGAUAGAACUCAUAAUCAAGAACUCAGACGCAAAAACUCAACAAGCAACUGCACCAUUCACCAGCAAUUGCACGAUAACUUUAGUGGAAAGCAUUCCUGAAAAUGUCACGUUCUCCGCAGGAUCGGUUCGGAAUCCAAGCAUCUAUGAUGGCUGGAUGAAUCUUCUAGACAUCGCAGAGGAGCGGAUCGACAUAGCAUCGUUUUAUUGGACAUUACAAGGAAGCGAUACAAAUACCUCAGAUUACAGUACCGAACAAGGAGAGAAUGUGUUUAAGAAGAUACAAGAUGUUGCUAAAGCAGGUGUUAAAAUCAGAAUUGUACAGACACCUCCAACUAAAGCUUUCCCUCAGAUAGACACAAACAUCCUUUCAGAGAAAGGGCUUGCAGAUGUACGGUCGCUAGACAUAUCACGUCUGGUUGGCAGUGGGAUUUUGCACACUAAGAUGUGGCUCGUUGAUGGUAAACAUUUUUAUGUUGGCAGUGCAAAUCAGGACUGGAGAGCACUCACACAGGUACAAGAGCUUGGACUUAUUACCUACAACUGCAGCCUCAUGGCAAAUGAUAUUAGCAAAAUAUUUGAGGUAUAUUGGGACCUAGCCAAAGAAUCAAAGAUCCCAGAUCCCUGGCCUAAAAAGUACCAAACAGCCAUCAAUGCUGAUUCUCCUGCUCAAAUUAAGUUUAAUGGAUCCAUUGCAUCCUCUGUAUUUUUGUCUUCUUCUCCACCAAAGUUUUGUCCACCUGGGCGUACUGACGAUUUGUCAGCCAUCUUACGAGUUAUUGACAGUGCAACAAAGUUUGUUUAUGUUUCUGUGAUGGAUUAUUUUCCAACAACUUUGUAUACACCUCAAAGAACUUAUUGGCCAGAUAUAGAUGACGCUCUAAGACGUGCAGCAUUUGAUCGUAAAGUACAUGUGCUACUUAUGGCCAGCUUGUGGAAUCACACGCGUUCUGAUAUGAAGAACUACCUUCAAUCCCUGGCUGCUUUGAACUAUGCUAAUGGAGCUUAUGUCCAAGUGAUACUAUACUCUGUACCGCCUUACACGAAAGAGAUCCCUUUCGCCCGGGUGAACCACAACAAAUACAUGGUCACUGAGAGUGUUGCGUAUAUUGGAACAUCUAACUGGUCAGCGGAUUAUUUUCUGUACACUGGUGGCAUCGGUUAUGUCAUCAAUGAAACAGAAACUGGCAGCACUGUGCGUGCACAGCUGCAAGCUGUGUUUGAAAGAAACUGGUAUUCAAAUUUUACUUCACCAGUUUACUGUGAGGAUCGUUGAAACACUGAAAACCUGGUUUGAAUGGACAGAUAGCUUGAUUUGAUUUGUUUGUACCGUACAUAUUUAAUAGCAAAAAGUUAUCAAUUCACAUUUUCUUAGAUACAUUCUUGUAAAUUAUUAGGAACUAGAUACAAAUUUUAUCAUUUUGUACUGAUUUUUGGUACAAAUGUAGAAACAUGUAGAUAAAAAUGAAGUUGAGAAGCCUUUUAUGGAAUUGUCUAGUUUUGCUAUGAGAUCUUAAAUCCAGCUCGGUAAGGUUCCAUCCGUAACUCUGUUAUAUCAUUGGUGCAAAUCUGAUGAAAGCUUCCAAUUACCUCUCAUGUAUUGUAAAAACAGGAUAAGAAAAUCUGUAUUUAUGACAAGGGAACAAACCUUAUUUUCAGUCUUAUGUUUAACUUACAAACACUAGGUAGUUUGUUACAACAAGCUGUGGGCUGUGGGAAAAGGUUUCUUUGGCAGCUCGAAAGACAAAAUGUUCCAAUUUUGAGAUUUCUUUUGAGCUAUAUGUUGUUGGUAAAAUUAUCCUCUGACCCGGUGAUUUCUUUUAUCCAGCUACUUUAAGAUGUUCACACAUUUGCGGUAGGUAAGAUAUUGUGUUCUUGUGAACGCAAUUGAAUUUUGGCAAAAUAAAUUCUUUGUUGAUUUGA